CACUUGGCAAGUCGAUUGGACUUUUCAAUAUGAUAGAAAAACCUGGAAGGACGCCAACAUAUCCUGUCGGUCACUUGGCGGAUCACUGGCUACUGUCCAGACAACGACUCAGCUGAUAUGCGCAAACCGGACAGUACUGGGAACGACCGGUACGUGGGUAGGCCUGACUGGUACAUGGAGUGCUGGAAAUUGGAGUUCUUGGAAAUGGGAAGCUGCACUGUCGCUGCACUGUCGCCCGUCGCGGCACAACUUCCAUGGGCAUCACAUUUUCCAAGGAUUCGGGAUGAUAACAUAUACGGAUACUAUCAGCCAGAUAUUUUCCAAUUACUUACAUGGGACAACAACCAUACACUUCGGUACCUCUGUCAACGAUAUGUGCCUAAAAGUGACUGGUACGGGUGCUCUGCGAGCAAAUCUCUUGGACUCAUGGAGAUACUUUAUAAUCCAACGCCUAAGACAUAUGAUGAGGCCACCAUCGAUUGCGCAGGGAGAUUCAGCAUUCUGGCCAAUAUCCAAAGCUUAAACCAAGCAGAGUGCGCAAGGACAGUGCUUGGACCACGAAAUGGUCAAUGCAGCAGUUCCUCAAGCGAUAAUUGCAAGAAUGCCUCGUUUGGCUGCAAAGCCAAUACAUGCAAUGUGUGGGUUGCUCUACAACGACCAUCUAAAAAUUGGACAUGGAUGUUACCUGUUCCAUCCAUACCGAGUACAAUUCCCUGGAUAAAUUCAACUACAGGAGGUAGUGGAGAGAGAAAAUGUGGUUACUAUUCACCUGAAAAAGGGGGUUUUGGAAUCGAAUCUUGCACAAUGAAGCUCAGUUUCUACUGUCAAAGAUAUACACCAAAUGCACCCUCCAACAUAGCUGGCGACUCCACGGAAACUGAGAUCUCCGCACGUAUAGUGCAGCCACAGAUACUUCGAGAAUGGAUAUCUGGAUUCUGCUUUGUGUACGCAGAAAACAAGAGAGCAGCUUUCACAACUUCGGUUUGUGGCACAAGUGAGUCUACGGUUUUAGCAAACCUGAGUGCCAACACGGCGUACCGAGUCCAAGCAUUCUACACCACUUUGACUGGAAUAAACAGCAGCUUCUCGCAAGAAGUCUACAUUGGAACAUUGCCCAAAGCAACAUGGAAAGCCUGUGCUCAAACCAACACCAGCACUUGGCAAGUCGAUAGGACUUUUCAAUAUGAUAGAAAAACCUGGAAGGACGCCAACAUAUCCUGUCGGUCACUUGGCGGAUCACUGGCUACUGUCCAUACAACGACUCAGCUGAUAUGCGCAAACUGGACAGUACUGGGAACGACCGGUACGUGGGUAGGCCUGACUGGUACAUGGAGUGCUGGAAAUUGGAGUUCUUGGAAAUGGGAAGCGUCACUGUCGCCCGUCACGGAACAACUUCCAUGGGCAUCACAUUUUCCAAGGAUUCGGGAUGAUAACAUAUACGGAUACUAUCAGCCAGAUAUUUUCCAAUUACUUACAUGGGACAACAACCAUACACUCCGGUACCUCUGUCAACGAUAUGUGCCUAAAAAUAACUGGUACGUAUGUUCACAUGGCCAAGAAGCAUCGGGAAGACUCGAGACACUUUACAUUCCCACACCUAAGACAUACAAUGAUGCGUCUGCUGAGUGUGCCCGGAGAGGUAGCAUUCUGGCGAAUAUCCAGAAUAGAUAUCAUGGAGAGUGUGCAGGAGACCUGCUUGGACCCCGAAACGGUCAGUGCAACAGUUCUUCCAGUGAUAACUGCAAGACUUCCUCGUACUUCUGCAAAACCAAUACAUGCAAUGUGUGGGUUGCUCUUCAACGACCAUCUCAAUCCAAAACCUGGACAUGGAUGCUGUUUUGAGUGUAUCGCACAGCAACCAUCCAGGUCCGACAACAACAGAACUACACACACCGAA